AUACAACUGAUACAGAAUCUGAGAUGAAUUGUGUCUGGGAAAAGAUAGCUACAGGAAUAAUACAUGCAGCUAAUAAGAAUAUUCCUAGGAAAAAGGUUUCUAAAAAGAAAAUUGGUCUUAGAAUCGGGAUAGAUGACAGAGACGAGAUUAACAUAUUAAUGGAAAAAUUUAACCUUAAACAUGGAACAAAAAUCCCGCAAACAACAUCAUAUAUAGAUAAAACCUGGCAUGAAGAUCUAGUAGAUUG